GCGCGAGUAAGCACCCUCCCCUUCCCCUUCUCCGCAUCGAUUUUUUAUAAUUUUUUUUUUCUUCCAAAUACCUUGCCCACUAGGUUUUGCAGGCGCACUAGCCUUUUUCCCUUUCUUUUCCAUCUUUUCGAUCUAUCUUUCUAGCUAUCUAUCUGUUCCAUCGCUUGUUCAGAGGAGAAGGAAGAAGACCGAAGAGAGAGCGGAGGAAGAAAGAAAGAAAGGACUAUCGAGAAGGAAGGAGCAAUCAGUAAAAAGGAGCAAGCACUAUUCAACUACGGUUGCGGGAUUUGGAUAAUAUUGUACGGUACGCACACAAACGGACAGAGGGAGGAAACACAAGAAAUAAGCGGAGGAAAGUAGGGGAGAAAGAGGAAAAAGCGGAUCGAAUCAGGAGCUCUCUACCUGCCUACCAAACAAUACCAUAGAAGCGGGAGAAGCAGGAGAGGUAAUGGCAGCUACAAAGGUACGGUCUGACAGAGAGCUUAUCUUUUCAUCUCUAUUCUAUUUCAUCUUUCAGUAUUCUCCCAAGAUUUGCAGGAGCCAGGGGUUGCGGGGGAAAAAGAAAGACUGGAGGGAGGAAGGGGGAAAAAAAUGCGGAUAAAAAUGCUUUUUAAAAAGAGGAUAACGAAGGGUUCUAACUAACAAAUUAGGACUCACUCUCUUCACGCUAUCAUCCACAAUCGACACCGAAUCGGCCUCCGGCACUGCACAUCAAGGACGUUCCCGUAAAGACUCCUCCUCCAUCGUCAUCAUCGUCGCAUCAUCGGUCGUCGUUAGGGUCAUCGGGGUCUAGCCAUAGGAUCACUAGGAGGAAGAGUAUGUCUUCAACAUCCGGAGCGAAUAUUGCAGCGGUCGUACAGGCCGUGAAAGAUAAGAACGAAGUACCAUUUGCUCUCCCAGUUCCGGCUGGCGGGAUGGGGAGGAGCCCGGGUAGUGCGAAGAUGUUGAACGGCGGUGUCUGUGGAGGUGGGGUGGAAGGGUAUCCAAGCCCGCCGAGUAGUCUACCUACUACUGGUCCGCUGAACGGGGGUGUUGGAGGCGUUGGGGGUGUCGGGGGUGUCGGGGGAACUGUUUCGGGGAUUGCGUUUACGAGAAAAGUUGGUAGCCUUGUUGGCGGUGGUGAAAGUGCGAUUGCGGAGGGUCAUGCAUCUGACAUUGGUCGGCCAGCACGGGGUAGGAGGGCAAGCGAGGGAGCUCAUGUUCAUCCGGGGGAAUCUGGUGAUGGUGUUGGGGGAAGAGUUGGUAGAGCAAGAAGUGGAAGUGAGCUCAAGUGUGAUAAGUGUGGGAAGGGGUAUAAGCAUAGUUCUUGUUUGACCAAACACUUGUUUGUUUCCCCCUCCGUGCCCUUCUCACUUGGUUUCGCAAGAACACGAACUACAAUUCACUGUCCCUGCCCCACACCUUGUAUGAACAUUGGAAAUCUCUCGAACUUUAUCUCUCAAUUUCCCCACCCCCUGUCCUAUCUCUCUUCUCCCUAGCCCUAGCCUAAACAGGCAGAACAUACCCGACCCAAGUGCCUGGCUAUCGAACUAGGCUGCAUCAUCCUUUCGCGCCCUUCAAGGGCAGCCGAGAGCUGUAUUCUUGCUUUUUGGCUUCUGGGUAUUGACAUUGUGGCCGUGACAUAGAUGGGAGCACACGCCCGAAUGGUCAUACACGUCCAAGCUUCUCAUUUCUAAGCACCAGCAAGUACAGCUCCUCGAAGCAGCUUCGAUAUUAGUUUCGAUGAACCCAACAACAACCCCUCCGGCUUCAUCGUCGGGUGCAUCAAAUGGCGAGGGCAAUUCCUCAACAAAUGACAGUUCAUCUAGCUCAGACGAUACUACGCCUCCACCAUCAGUGUUUUCGGGAUCAGAUGUAACAAGCCCAUUACCUACGCCUCGAGGGAUCCGUAAUGGGGCAGGCAAGCCGGGAAAGAGAUAUUCAUCGGGGUCACAUUCACGGUCUUAUCAAGCCCCACAUGGGAGCGGAGCCCUGGGAGGGAGCGCACCCAAUUCGACAGCAUUCCCUAGCCACUUUUCACAUCACCGACCCUCAAGACCACGUGCGGGAAGCUCCGCUAGUAAUGUCAGAGGAUCACACAUGACUUCUCCGGCUAUCAGACCGGCAAGUAUAACUCCGGAGGAUGAAGCACUUGCUGCUGCUAUCGAGUUACUGAGCUGUUCGUUCAACACUCCUGUUAUCGGGCCUACUGUGCCAUUAGGGAGUGUCCCGAGAGGAAUCGCUGGGCUGAGCUCUCCGCCUGUUUCCGGAAGGACGGGUUUCUUGGGGCCUCCGCUAAACGAUGUCGUGGAGAUGAAAAGAGAAGAAGGGGAGGAGGGAGACGAUAUACGGAUGGAAGAUCUGGAAGAGCGAAGGAACAUGAUGGAGGAAGAUGAUGAUGAGGAGGAGGAUGACGAUGAUGAGGAUGAUGAGGACGAGGAGGACGAGGAGGAGGAGGUAUGGGAAGGACGGGGGAGAAGUGAGGAGGAUGAGGACGGCGUCUUUGGUCAAAUGGAGGAAUAGACGGGGAAAUUUUCUGGGUGGUUGGCGGGGGAGGGGUACAUGCGGCGGGGUUGGAGGGCUUCUUAUCACGUCACCGAAUGAGAUGCGACUAUCAAACGAGGAGACCCCCAAGAGAAAAGAGAUAUGUUACCUGGAAGACAAAAAAGAAAAAGAAAAAGAAGAAAAGAAACAGGUCGCAAAUGUACACGCCCACAUCAGUCAGAUUCGCUUUUUAUACAUACGUUUAUUUAUUUUCCUACCGCGGUGUUUUGGGAGCAUCCGGAGAAGCUGGAAAGGGAAUCUCGAGAGAAGCAUGAGAGAAGCAAUGGAUGUAAUCCUGAGGGGAGCUGCAGGACGGAAGAAUAGGGUUGAGGUGGGGGGAGAGGAAGAGGAUAUGGACCAACCUCCCCGGAUGUGAUAUCAUGAACGAAAAAAAGCCAUUCCCGAAGUGCUUUCUGUCUUUUGUUGUUUUGAUUAUGAUGGUACCAGUGACUGGUUUCCCCUCUGGCUCUUUCGAGAAAUGGAUGGUGGUGUUGGUGGCUCUUGUGUUUCCUUUUUUUGGGGUAGUUGACGCAUGCGUUGGCAAUGGAGGGUUGGCCAGCUUUCUUUUUUUAAUACCGGCACUCUUGUUUGGUCUGCCCCUCCAGCCCCCGCCUGAGCCGCCUCCCCUGCCCAUUGUUUUGUCUUUCAAUUCCCCAUGUCCGUCAUGCCAUUUAUUCACUAUAUUACCCGACCCUUUCGUUCAGCCCAAGCGUGUUUGUCGGGGGGGUGGGUUUCCUUCCAAUGCUUUUUUUAAUUUUUUUAACGUCUGGUGUUGGUUGUUUUCUUUUUUCGUUUUUCUCUUUCAUUUGUUGUGCAUCCCGUGGUGCUCGGAUUGGAUCGCUAAGGUCAGGUGAUUUUGUCUUGUCUAUUGCGAGAUAUCGGUUAUGUAUGCGGGGGAGGGAAGGGGAUUUGGGGGAAGGGUAGUCUGUUGGCGGGGGAGUUGUCUUGGGUGUGUUUUUAUCUAGGAGAGGGUAUCCUUUUUUUUAUUCCCUUUCGCUUUCCAUCAUCCCCUUCUUCUCUAUUCUCGACUUUUCUAUUCCGGAAAGAAGAAAUUAUUUAACCUGUUGAAUUCCCUGGGGGAUGGAGACAAUUUGCGUUGAAUCGGAUUUUUUUUUUCCAACAACCUACCGUAACUACGGUAUUAGUACAGUACUGUAGCGGUAGAAGCACAAGUGCCUCCUCUGCCUCCCACUAAAGUGCUGCUCUGCCUUGCAUGUGAGAGUUAUUUUAUUUUUCUUGUGCCCGACUCCUGAAUGCUCUCGCAUCUCAGAGAGAGGGUGUGUGUGCGCGUGCAUAGCGGUAUGUGUUAAUUUACCGGUACCCAGAUACUACCACAGCUCUCGCAUCCACAAAAUAUCCCGUGAAUAAAAUAAGUGCCGACGACGAC